AUGUGCAACGCUUUCGACAAGCUUUACCACCUUAAUGGCCUGGGCUUCCAGAAGCUUAAUGAAGCGCUUGUCACUCUCCUCCCGAAGAAGCCCGACGCCACCACCCUCGCUGACUACAGGCCUAUCAGCUUAAUUCAUCUCCUGGCCAAGCUUUUUGCCAAGGUGCUAUCACUCCGUCUCGCUCCACGGCUUGGGAGCAUGGUGUCGACCAACCAGAGCGCGUUCAUCGCAGGUCGCAGCAUUCACGACAAUUUCAUCCUGGUUCAGCAGACCGCCCGCCAGCUGCACAACAUGAGGGCUUCUCGCAUCCUUCUCAAGCUUGACAUUGCGCGUGCCUUUGACUCCGUCUCAUGGCCUUUCCUCCUACAGCUCCUUGGACACCUUGGCUUUGGCCCAAGGUGGCGCGAGUGGAUCUCCAUCCUGCUCUCCACGGCGAAGACGCGUGUGCUCAUCAACGGCAAUCCGGGCCAUCCCCCCAUCUGCCACGAGAAAGGUCUCCGGCAGGGUGACCCCGUCUCUCCCAUGCUUUUCACGUUGGUCAUCGACGCGCUCAACUCCCUCCUCCAGCACGGCAUCAGGACUGGAGUGCUGCGCCGCCUCACUGAGCGUCGGAUGGCCUCGAGCAUCUCCCUGUAUGCCGAUGACGUGGUUAUCUUCUGCCACCCGGACCCCCACGAGCUUCAGGUCAUCCGUGAGCUGCUCCGUGUCUUCGGCGCCGCGACUGGGCUGCACACCAACUUCCGGAAAUGCUCCGCCACGCCGAUCCAUUGCACGGCCAAGCAGACCGCGUUGGUCGAGGGCACGCUCGCCUGCCCGAUAGCGCACUUCCCCAUCACAUACCUUGGCAUCCCACUCUCGACCCGGAAAGUUUCCGCGGCGGCCCUUAUGCCCAUGGUGAAGCGCAUGGCGCGCAAGUUGCUGACUUGGAGAGCGUCCCUCCUCUCGCAUGGAGAGCGUCUAGCCCUGGUGCGCCACGUUCUCACCGCCAUGCCCGUCCACCUGCUUAUGGCCAUGGCGCUCCGGCCCACUAUCCUCAAGAAGAUCAAUAGAAUCAUGCGCGACUUUCUCUGGCACGGCGAGGCCGAUGCCUCUGGUGGAGGUUGCCUUGCCACUGAUCGUUCUCGUCCCUGGCGACACCUCCACUUGCCCUUCGAUCCCGAGGUCCAGGCUAUUUUUUAUGCUUCCACAUACUGGAUUCUUGGCGAUGGGACCUCCUGCCUAUUCUGGAGAGACCGUUGGAUCUCGGGCCGCUCGGUCAGCGAGCUGGCGCCGGCCGUUCUCGCCCUGGUCCCCAAGCGCCGGAGGCGUACGGUGACCGUUGCUCAGGGCCUCCACAACAGGGCCUGGGUGGGAGAUAUUCAGGGUGCCUUGGGGCCGGCUGCGAUGGUCCAAUACGUCGAGCUUUGGCGCGCCCUGCAGCCCGUUACCCUAUCUCUCGACCCCGAUGUGCUGCGCUGGAAGUGGACCGAUUCGGGCAUCUACACUGCGAGUUCCUGCUACCGAGCCAUGUUUGCUGGCUCUACCGUCGCGCCCAACUGGAAACUCAUCUGGCGCACGUGGGCCCCUCUACGGAUCCCGGUCUUUGUGUGGCUCGCUAGCCAGGAUCGCUGCUGGUCUGCCGCCCGCCUCGCGCGCCAUGGCUUGCCGCACGAUGACCACUGCAUCUUCUGUGACCAAGUGCUGGAAACCCUCGAUCACCUUCUUCUACAAUGCCCAUUCUCCCGGAUCAUAUGGCAUGAGAUCUUCGCCUGGUGCCGGCUGCCAAUCCCUCCUCCGGGCACCAACGAUUGCUUCCUCGAGUGGUGGGCUGUUUCUACUAAGCGGGUUCCAGCGGCCAUGCGGAAAGGACUCGCCUCCCUCGCCCUCCUCACGGCGUGGUCCAUCUGGCGCCAUCGCAAUGCAUGCAUCUUCGACCACAUGCGCCCCUCUACUACGCACCUUCUCCAGGUCAUCAAGGACGACGCUCGGGCAUGGGCAUCUGCCGGGGCCAAGGACAUCGCAAACUUUAUGCCUCCCUGA